ACAUGAUCGCACUCAAACGAAGCAGAACGAUCUGGACGCGGUUGGCAAGCGUUUCUGCAAACCAGGGUUCGCAAUUUUGCUUCGAUUUUUUGUAAAGUUUGAUACAUUAUCUCGCCUGAAGCACAGGAAAAAUAAUAUCGUUGUACUGGUAUUUAGGGAUUCAAAAAACCUCAACAAUGAAGUUGUCGUUUAUAUUACUAGGGUUUUUACUUUUCGUUUCGUUCGAACAUGGACGUAGUCGGCCUUUAGACGACGAAAACAAUGUCAAGGAAGGCGACGAUACGGCAGCCGCUGACAAAAGAGACAAAGUGGCAGUAAACAAGAAGAAAGAUGACGGUCCUAAACCAAAGAAAAACGACCAAAAAAGCGGAGAAGAACGUCAGGUGACAACAAAAGCUCCAGAGAAAACUGUUGCAACAACAACAGCACCAAUCAAACCAACCACGCCAGCAGUUGUAACAACAGCAGCAACAGAGCCUUCAAAGGCACCAGUAACAACAGCACCAGUUACUGAGGCCCCAAAACCCACAACAGUGCCAGUGACAACUGCCCCUGGCUCUACAGCGGUUGUUACCACAGCUGGCCCAACCGUUGUCACAACUGCAGCACCAUCUGUAGGUCCAACAAAGGUUCCUCCAGUUCCAGAAGUGGAAGGUGAUGUUGAGAACUCAGCAAAUAACACAAGGAAUAUGAACGCUACAACAUUCCAUGUUGCAAUCAGAUUCACAGCAGAAAAAUGGACAGAUGACCUUCAAAUCACAGUCAAUCCAGUUUAUGAGCGAACAAAACAGAUGCUGCUGACAGCUAUUGAAAAAGUCUACGAAGGCGAGGAAACUUUCAAGCAAGUCGUCCUUAUAGGCUUCAGUGACAGCCAAGACCAGAAGAAAGCAGCAGAGAGAAGGGAGACUGUCAAGGCGCCACUGCCAGGCGUCGUCGCGGACUUCUACGUUCGAUUCCAUUCAUUUGGAACGCAUUUGAGGAAACUCUCAGACGAGAUCAAGGACGGAAAGUUAGAUACACACCCAGUUUCAAAGAAGUUCAUCAGAGCUUAUACUGCUGAGCCAAAGGGACGCGUCUGCACUCCAGACUGCCGCAUACAGUGCUAUUCAUACUGCGAUCAAGGAUGCUGCACAGUGCACACCUUCAUGCCAGUUGACAUGCAUGCAAUUGCACCUGCACCCGCUCCAGCCCCCGUACCACCUCCACCCCCUCCCCCACCACCACCACCACCUCCUGCACCACCAGCAUAUCAACCACCACCACCACAGCCAGCCCCAUACCCUAACUAUGCCCCUAUGCCCGCACCAGCUCAGGUACAAUCAGCCUGCCCACCAAUCUGCAGCACAUUCUGCGGUCCUCAAUGUCCAAAUACUUGCUGCAACUCAUACAGUGCACCAUCGUACCCUGCAUCAUACCAGGCAAGUGCAGCCACUCAGUACCAACCAGUGGCAUACCCACCUCCAUACCAAGCCCCAUACCCAGCCGCUUUUCAAACACAAUAUCAGGCACCAGCAGCCCCAGCAGCCGGUUGUGGAGCAGCAGGAUGUGGUAAAUAAGCCAGAAAAAACCGGAUAUAAGGAAUAUUAAACCGGAGCUAUAAUGGCCAAUGGUCAGCGUUAAAAGGCUCGAUGGGCCUAAAAGAAGAUCCGGAGUCAUGAAUCAAUUGGCAGAGGACAACUUUACAGAAUUGCUGUGGAGUGCCAAAGAAACUUGAUUGUGGAUAUAAUGUGAAUUUUCUACUUGGUACUAAAAUUAUAUGCUUAUAAAGAUUUUUACAGUCUUCCUAAUAAAUAUUUUUAAAGGAAUGUUUUCUUAUAAAAGUAAAAUUUGUAUUAUACUAUGACUUAGCUGGAUAGGUCUUGAAAGUUUGUUAAUAGUUAUUUGUUACAUGUC